AAUAUGACAACGAUUUGUUGAUCAAUAUUGUCGUGAAAUGUUUUAUAGAGCUUAAAUUAAAAUGUCCAAUUAUAAAACUCAAAGCAUUUGUUAUCUCCGAAUACAAUAUAAAUGCUUCUUUUUCAUAUGAGUACUGUGCUCUAUAUAUGAAAUGAUGAAGUUUUCAUUUCAACACAGAGCCUUUUAUUGUUACCUUGGUAUGAGUGUGUGGAUAUUUUUCCUGAUCACUGUUGUGUAUAAAUAUAUGUCAGUUGGGGAAGAAACAGUUGCCCUGAAGGUUACACAAAAUGAGUAUGUAUCAAAAACUGACUCAAAAUAUAGGAAACUAUUUCUCCGUGCAUGUAAUCCACCAGACAGCAUUGUUAGAGGAUCCGAAGCUGCUGUGGACACUGACACAUGGUUAUUGCAAGGGGUGUUGGUUGUGACCAGACAUGGAGACCGUGGCCCCCUUACACAUCUCAGGGGAGGUGAUAAAUUACCAUGCGAUAUGGUGCCUGUGUCUCCAAUGCUCAAAAGUUACGAAGAGUUUGUGUUGAAUGCAAGUGCGUCUGGUCGAGCGUGGUGGGUCGCGGGUCCGGGGCCCUUCCACAACUUCCCCUCCCUGCCUCGAGCCACCGCCACGCACUGCGCGCUCGGUCAGCUCACGCCGACUGGUGUUUUGCAGAUGAUAACCGUUGGUAAUAUACUCAGAGAGGCGUAUGGUGAUAAAUUAGGCUCGGAAUACAUGGAUUUGACAGGAAAACGUGAAACAGGCGGGCUGGUGCUGAGCACGCGCUACCGGCGCACGUUCCAGUCGGCGCAGGCGCUGGCGUGGGGCGCCACGCGGGCGGCGGGCGCGGCGCGCGAGGCGCACAGCGUCGCCUUCUGCUUCCGCCACUGCGCCUGCGCCGCGCUGCACAAGCUGGACAAAAAAAUAAGUUUGCAAGCGAAAAGUCGCCUGGAAUCUCAUCCAGCGGUCAAGGAAUUGAUCAAUAAACUGUCCAAAGUUUUAUUCGAAUCUCAAGAGUACAUAGACGCCGACGUGGUCAGAGACGCGCUCUUAGCGUACAUGUGUCACGACGCGCCGUUACCGUGCACGGAGAAACUCAGUAGAUUGAAACCGAAGCGGUCACUUGCGAAGGGAAAGAGGAAAUUGCGCUCUGAGAGCCUCCCAAACAGACACCUGUUAGAUGUCGAUAUAGAUACACUGAAUAUGGAAUUGGAUUACAUAAACAAUCAACUCGAUUUCAACAACGAGAUCGGGAGAAAAGCAAGAGAUAUUAUCGGGAGGUACGAUAAACAAAAGCCCCCCCUGGAUUUCGACGCCCAAAUGGAGAGAGAGAAGCUACUUUACUAUCAACAGAGAUACAUGGACAAUGCAGACUCUUACGAUGACGUAGUUAUCGUUAAGAAGAAUUUAGACGCAGAUUUCAAUUUUCCAAACGACGCUCGAGAAACUGACUUCGAUGAAGAUUACAAGGAACCAACGCCUGAAAGCAAGGAGGAGUUUUGCAUUAAGAAGGAACACGUCAUGUCCGUUUUCGCUUAUCUCGAAUGGAAUUACAAACAAGAAGUUAAGAACAUCCAUAACAGACGACGAGGCCUCUUGAUAGCGUACGGCUUGAUACACAAUAUCGUGCAGAACAUGAUAAGAAUUAUAUCAGAGAACAAACCCAAGUUCGUACUGUACUCGGGUCACGAUAAAACGUUGCAAGCUUUAAUAUUAGCGCUAGGCCUCAAUAGUUACCAGCACUACAACAUACAGUACGCAUCGAGAAUGAUAUUCGAAGUAUACAGGAAGAAGGAUCUACGUGACGAGUUCAAGUUCACUAAAAGAAAAGCCGUCGCCCAAGAUUUUUACUUUCGCGUCGUCUACAACGGCGAUGACGUCACAAAUAAACUGAGUCUCUGUAGGAGCCGUCAGAAUAUUGUGAUGAAAGUAAACGAUCCCAUCGAUGACGUCAAAACGUAUAAUACAUAUCUGUGUCCAAUUGAAAAUAUCGUUCGUUUUAUACACGAUGACUUUUUUUCAGGUUUUAAUGUUAGUAAUUUUAAAGACGCAUGCGCCACGUACGGUAGUUCGAAGCAUGUUUGAAGACACCGUAGAUUUUGUAACGUUUUUAUUUAUCUACAAUUAAUCAUAUCAUCUAAAAUUUUAUAUUUAAGAUAAUAGUGAAA